UGUAUUGUUUUAUAUACAGUGACAUUCACAUAUUUGAGUAACAGGCUUGAUAAUUAUGAAAUUAAUGAGUUGAUAACAACCCAUGGGCCAGUGUUAAUAGAUUAUACGUUAAAAUUCUAGAGUAAUUUGCAACAAAACUAUGGAUUAUCAAGGAACAAGUUCCAAUACAGAUAAUAUUUGUAAAUUGUGUAAUGUACGACCUUGUAUAUAUACUUGUCCACAAUGUGAAAUAAGAUAUUGCAGCUCUAUUUGUUAUAAAUCAGAAGCACAUUCAGAAUGUUCAGAAAGUUUCUAUAAACAGUGUGUAAUAGAUGAAAUAAAGUCUCACGGAAAAGACACAGAGGGUAGAAAAAAAAUGCUAGAAAUUCUCAAAAGAGUACAUGAAGAAGAUAUAAAAAAUAUGGAAGCAUUAGCAAGUGAUGAUGAGAUUGAUAAUGAUGAGUUAGAAGAAGAACUUGAUUCAGAUGAUGACAAUGAUAUACCAGAUUUAGAAAGGAGGCUUCAUAAUAUAAAUUUAGACAAUGCGGAUGAGGUAUGGUCUGCAUUAACAGAUGCUGAAAAACAGGAAUUUGAGGCUCUGAUAAAAAAUGGUGAUGUAGAAAAAUUUCUACCUCAAUGGAUUCCAUGGUGGACAUAUCAUACCAAAAAGAAACUUGUGCAAGAUAUAGAUCAAAAGGAUGAUGAACUGCCACCUCUAAUAGAUGUUCCAAUACUUAUGGCAUUGCAAAAAGCUUCUCCAAAUGUUGAGUUUAAUGUACUAAAUGUAAUUUAUGCAUAUGCAUACAUGGCGAACUAUCAUAAUGGUGACUAUUUGAACUGUCCAGUAGAAGCUACAAUUGUUUUUCUUGAUCUUAGUGAUAAUAUGAAACUUAAUACAAUCUAUGAAAAUUCAGAAUCAGCAAUAGCUUCUGUUGUUCACAAAAUUACUAAUUGUAAUUGGUUAUCACAAGAUGAACAAACUUUAUUAGCUUCUAAAGAAGCUGGUAAUACAAUAAUGCAUGGGCCUGACAAGAAGAAUGAAUAUCUCUAUGUUGCUGUUGCACUUUCAGAAUUACACAGAUUGUUAACAAUGACGACAGAAGAAAUAUCGAAAAAUAAAAGUAAGAAUGCGAAUAAAGAAUUUUUCAAAAAGUUUGUUCAAAAAUAUAACGUGGAUAAUAUAAAUUUAUCGAAAAAACAACUUCUUUUACAUCUUAAGAAAUUGGAAUACUAUUUAUCAUGGACUAAAAAUCGUCAUAUAAAUACUUGUACAUAAAAGUAUUUAACAAUUCAUUGUGAGAUAUUCUUAAAUAAACUUUAGAGUUUUAUAUUUCCAA